GGCAAUGUUGUUGCUUGCAAUAUGUUGUUUUUACAUUUUGGGCGAUAAUUUAAUUUUAUACGUGAAGUCUGCUGUUAACUUUUGCUGAAAUUCUAAUUUAGAAUAUGAAAUAUAAAAUUUCUAUAAAAUCCUUCGUACAUAAUUGAAGUAUUGCAAAUGUUUGCAAUUUUUAUAUAAUAUAAUGCGAAUUUCUUUUCAACGAAGUAAUGGCGAUGGAUGAAAGAAGCAAACUUAAAUAUAAGUGAUUGCCAUCAAAACCGAAUGAAGUUCCUAUUUAGAUUUCCGUGUUUAUGAAUAUUUGUUAUAAUUUAUUCAGACUGUCACAGACUGACAAAGUGAAUCGAUGUAAGUUGGAAGACAUCUGCUCUCCGAUCGUAGGUGAACUCUUUUGGGGUAUAUGUGCGCAAAUAGAAUGAUACACCAAAAAGGCGAUUGCAGAUUCUUCGAAAUUUGAUAUCACGAAGUAUUUCGUGUGAACCAAAUAAAGAAUUGCGAUCGAUUGGAUAAAUCAAAAAACGGCGCAUAGGAAUUAUGACACCUACAGCUAUCGUCACUCAAAAGGCAAACAUGCAAUGAACAAUGAUAUAAAUAUACUAAAGUACACGUGAUAAAACGUUCUAGCAGAGCAUUCAUAUAAUAUUCUAGCAACGAACUCCUCUCACCACAACAAAAGAAGCCCAUAGACCAUACAAUGAAAGAAACUGAAGAGGCUGGAAAAUUGCAUGACAACAUUUGUAUCCAGAAAAUGAAAACAAACUGAAAUUCUAUACACAUAAAUAUUUUUAUUAGACUUAACUAGUGUGUGGUGCGGCAUUGAAAAUCAAGUAAAAUGCACUAAGAAUUGAUUUUGCGUGCAACUUAACUCUCUAAAACCUCACUGAGCAGGCUAUAUGAACAAACUAUAGAACAGCGAAGCACUAAUUAGCUGUAUUUUUCCUAUUAACGAACAAAUAUUUAUCACCUUUGUGUGAUUAAUACUCACUUUUAUCUUAUUUAUGUUUAAUGGUUAACGCGGGAAAACAUUCCGGCUUUGUUCCACUCGUUCACCCGAGACUAAGCCGAAGAUUUGCAUCGAAAAUGUUCAAAAUACGUGAACGUAACUGUAUACUGGCGAUCACCGUUCUGGUGUUAACACCAUGUAUUAUCAUCCUACUUAUUAUGGGUCCAGAAUUAUCCACCGAACAGUCAUUGUCACAACAAUUGGCCGAGUGUCGCUUCCGUCUGCAGUACCUAGAAUCGAUGUAUCGAUCCAGACAAGAAGAUUUGGCAAUACUAUCGCAAUAUUUGCACCUCACUAACGCAACAACAAUACCGAUGGCGACUGUAGCUCCCUUACCAUUGGGUAAUGAAACUAACACGAGUACAUCCGUAAUGCCAGCGAUAGGAUUACCUACUCUAUUGAAAUCGUUGAGUCCCGAGGCGCGGCAAUUAAUUAAAAACGCCACACAUUCACAUACAACUCAGCGAUUUAGUUCAUCGACUGCUAUACGUCUACCGACAGCUUACAACUUUAUGCCACAUUUACUCGAUGAUUCUGCAUCGUUACAUCCGGCUUAUAUUCGUUCGAAAGGCCGUACAGAUGUGAGUAUUGUGCUAGGCAUACCGACGGUGAGGCGCGAUAAGCAGUCGUAUCUGGUGAGCACGUUACAGAAUCUCAUCGAAAACAUGAAUGAAGAGGAGCAAAACGAAACGUUAAUCAUAGUUUUUAUUGGCGAGUCAGAAGAAGAAUUGGUGCAUGCAAUCGCCAGACAAGUCGAAAUAAAUUUCGAAAUAUACGUUGAUUGUGGUCUGAUUGAUAUUAUAGCACCAGCUGCGUCUUAUUAUCCGAAUUUUGAAACGCUACGUAUAACCUUACAGGACUCAUUGGAACGUGUAAAGUGGCGUAGUAAACAAAAUUUGGACUUUGCAUACUUGAUGUCUUACGCGCAAUCAAAAGGCACAUUCUAUGUCCAGCUGGAGGAUGAUAUUUUGGCUAAAUCGAAUUUUAUCACGGCUAUGAAAAAGUUUGCCAUAACAAAGAGCGCUCUAGCCAAGCCCGACCAGCCAUCGUGGUUUGUACUCGAUUUCUGUCAGUUGGGUUUCAUCGGUAAAAUGUUCAAAUCGGCUGAACUGCCAUAUUUAAUCACGUAUUUCCAAAUGUUCUACAAUGAUAAGCCCGUAGAUUGGUUACUGCUCUAUUUCAUCGAGUCGAAAGUUUGCCGCUCGGACAAAGAUCAAAAGCAUUGCAAUUUGGAACGCGCCAAAUAUUGGUUGCACUAUCGCCCAUCACUUUUCCAACAUAUCGGCACGAGUUCCUCACUCAAGGGCAAAGUUCAGAAGUUGAAGGAUAAACAAUUCGGCUCCAAAGUACCAUCAUUCUAUCCACACAUACACAAUCCAUCGGCACGCGUCAGAUCAAAUAUUGUCGCCUAUAAGAACUUUUUACUCAAGCGUGCAUAUCGUGGCGAAACGUACUUUUGGGGCUUGUUACCACAACCUGGUGAUCUGGUGCAAUUUAUUUUCGAAAAACCAACACUACUACGACGUUAUCUCUUUCGUAGCGGCAAUAGCGAACAUCCUUCGGAUCGAUUUUACAACACUACCGUUGAAGUGUUACCAGCCGAUUCAUUGAGCGAAAACUCUUCUGUGUGGAGUGCGUAUAAUUCGACCACAGACGAGUAUCUAAUAGUGGGUGCAUUCGAUGGUUUGGGUGUCGCAGAGGGUGCCAUUGAUGCAAAAAUCGGCGCCAUCAAAGAGAUACGUUUACAUGUGCAUAGCGACAGCGAAAAUUGGGCACUGCUGAGUGAAAUCGAUUUGGAAACAAAUAAUGGAGCUGUUAGUAGCGCCGUCGAGACACAUACAAAAAGCUGAUUGUUACAACAUCGGAGCUACACUGUCGCGGGAAACAUAAAACCGAAUACGAGUUAAACGAGCAAAUCUCGAAACAAACAUGGCUUAUCACUUGUCAUAGAUAAUUUUUAGAUUACCGAACUUCCACCAGACAAAUUGUGUAGAAAAAGUAAGAAAGAACAAAGAUUUACAGAUGUAAAGAUAGCGAACAUAGAUGCUUUACUGCACAUUUGGUAUACGAAAACUAAAAUCAUAAAUAAUCCACGCUUUUCCGCGACAGUUGGAGCUACAUGCGUUACCGGAUCGCCCCUUAUUUAUAUCCGGCCAAGGGCUGGCACUGCAGCGGUAAUCGGCAAAAAUAUAUGAGAAAUGACCGCGCAGAGAUGAAGUGCGACACGAACAACAACAAAAAAAAAACUAAAAUGGUUGCACAAUGAAAAUUGAAUGUAAAAUACGUACAUAAAACAUAAAAUGACUACAGCAACUAACGCAAACAUGCAUACUAUGUAAAAAUAUCCGUUGUUGUUAUUGUAUUAUAUUAUAAGUUGUUUUCACCCAUUUGAUAUUAAAUUAUUCAAUAACAAUUAAGCCGCAACGAUUCCGUGAUAUUUAGAAACUCUAUACAAAUUAGUGAUUGAAAAUAUUUUGUUUAAGUCGAAUAUCUUUAUUUUAUGCCACCAAAGUCAUGUGAAACAAAUUUCUUCAUCAAACCAUACUUUCAGGAAGCUUACCAGACAUAUUCUUAGGGAUAUAUUAAGGAAAAAAUGUCUAAUGUCUACUAGUUUUAGUAUGAGCUUGAGAGGCAUGUGAGGUUAGGCAUUGUGGAGGAGCAUAUCUGCAGGUGGAAUUUCAAGGUAGAGCCUGCCAGCGCAAACGAAAGGCUGUGCGAGCAUAAGCGAUAUUUUUAACAAACGUAAAUCUUUUUGUGCUGAUAAGUUUGUACCUAAAAGCGAUAUUCAUAACUGUGCUGAUUAUAAAUAAUUAUUUAUCGCUGUUUGUAUGUUUAGAAACGACGUUUAUGGUUAGUCUUGAUUGGCGCGAUAAUCGCUCACGCGAUUUUGACCGAGUGUAAUAAAGCGUUUCUUUCUCGUGCUAACAAGAGCCAUGGGCUGAAAAGCCCCGGGCCUAAUAAAGAAAACAGAUUUUUUUUUUUAUUUCAAAUUAGCUUUAUUCAUCAACGGGCCUAAUAAAGAAAACAGAUUUUUUUUAUUUCAAAUUAGCUUUAUUCAUCAACGUAAUUUCCAUCAAGAACCAUGCAAUCAUUCCAGCGCCGCUCUAACAGUUCAAUACCACUUUUGUAGAACGAUUUAUCUUUUGCCUCAAACACUUUUGUAGAUCGUUUUACCUUUUACCUAAAAAUAGGUCUCAUUUUCAACGAUAAUCUCUUCAUUCGAGCGAACUUUCUUACCGGCUAGCAUUUUAUUUAGGUAUGUGAAGAGCCAGUAGACGCUGGAAGCCAAAUCUAGCGGAUACGGUGGAUGUGGAAGCAAUUCGAAGUUCAAUUCAUGUAGUUUUGCCAUUGUUUUGAUUGACUUGCGAUUCGCUUGUUUUUGGUCAACAGUGAGCAAACGCGGCACCCACUUUGAACUGAGGCUUCACAUAGUCAAAUGCUCAUGCAAUAUAAAGCCAACACGGUCUUUUGAUAUCUUUUGAUAUCAAUUUUGUGGAUUUGUUUCAUGUUUUCUGCUGUUACCGCCUCAUUUGCACGUCCACUGCGUUGUGCAUAAUCGGUGUCUCUACGACCCCGUUUGAAGUCAGCAAACCAUCGUUUUAUUGUUGUUUCUGAUGGAGCGGAGUACCUAUAAAAUGUUUCAUUACUUCGUUUGUACGCUAUUUUUUCCCUUCAAAAAGUAGUGUAAAAUUAAAAAACCGAAAUUUUUUUUGUUUCAUUAUUUUGAACACUACAAAAGUAGCGUCACUCUUAGUGCAAUAACUCACGAACUAAUGAAUGGAAUAUCAUGAAAUUUUGACAGCUGUCUUUUUAAGAUUUGUGCUAACUGAAAAAGAGGUGAAUGCAAUAAAGCUAGUGCCAUCUAAGGGUCAGGCUCGAGACUUUUAUGCCCAUGUCAUUAAUGCCUUAUAACAUAAUUUUCCAACUACAUAGUUUUAUCACCACUGCCCUAACUCGGAGCCUCUCGAGGCUAGUAUUUAAUAUAUUGUUUUUUACAUACAUUUGUUUUUAAUAUUUGCUCUGUGGAUGUAAACUACUUAAAAAUGAAGGGAAUCAAUAGAGUUCACGGCGUUCGUUGUACUACUCGUACAAAAUAUGGAAUACCGAUACUUCGUCUAAGUGCUGUAAAAAAAAUUAAUUUCGAUCUCACGUUGAUUCCAUGCCAGAUUCCGAAAAGUUGAACGCCCACAUGCACUUCUCAGCACCUGACUAUACGUACCAUUUUUCAAUAUACUAAAAAUAUCGUAUGUUUUUUAGUUUUAAUGGUAAUCUUCCUGCAGCUCUUAAUUUAAUUCCAAUCGAACAAAUUCAUUGUACAUACUACAUACAUAUGUACGUAAAACUAAAUGAAACCUUUGUAAAGUCUACUUGUAAGCUUUUCUCUCUUAUUUGAGUACAUGCACAUACAUAUUUCGAUGUGUAUGCACAUAUGUAUGCCCGUACAUAUAUUUGAAAUGUGUAUGCAUGCCCCAUUAUUGUUUGUAUGUAUAUCUCUAUAUAUGUAUUUGUUAAUGUAUAUGUGUCACAAUGUUUAAAAAAUUAUGAUUUACAGUAUUUUAAGCGAAAAUAA